GCGGCACCAGUAUGCGAGCCCUGGUCACCAUCGAGGGAGGGAAAGCCGAAAUCCAGAAGGUCCCGGUUCCCCAGCCGCUCCCGGGCCAUGCUCUCAUUAAAGUCAAUGCUACGGCCCAGAGCAAUGAUCUUAAUGGCAUCGCACUGGCCAAGCCGGGGGUGGUCUGCGGGGAUGACUUUGCCGGCACGGUGGUCGACCCGAACGGAACCUCGCUCCGAAAGGGCCAGCGUGUGGCCGGAUUUGUGAUGGGGAGCGAUACGAAUCCCCCACGCGGGACCUUUGCGCAGUAUGCCAUGGUGCACCCCGACUACAUAUUCGCCGUUCCCGACUCAGUGAGCGACACCGCAGCCGCCUCCAUCUCCCUGUCCCUGGCCACCGCCACAGUCUCAUUGAACUGGUUAGAGCUGCCCAAUGCCACCGACCCUGUUGACGAACCCUUCCCCAUUUUCAUCUAUGGGGCCUCAUCCAGUGUGGGCUUGUUCGCGGUGCAGCUCGCCAAGAUGGCGAACCUCUUCGUGAUUGCCACCGCGUCCAAGAGGAACCAUGACCUUGUGAGGGGCUACGGUGCGGACGUGGUUAUCGAUUAUCGGGAUGUUGAUUGGGUGGAACAAGUGCAGCGUGCUGCAAAUCAGAAGUUGCGCCAUGUGUUUGAUACCAUCAGCACGUACGAGACCACCAAGGCUGCUGUGCGAACGCUUUCGCCCGCUGGAGGACAUAUUGUUUGUAUUAUGGCUCGCACAGCGGAGGAGAUCGGGCUGCCACCCGGAGUGAAUUUGAAUGUGGCGCUGUGCUAUUCUGUCUUUGGCGAGAAUCUCCGCACCAAGGAUGAUGUGACAACCUGGAAGAAAUAUCUCAAGCAUUUGCCGGCUUGGUUGGAGUCGAAAGCCCUCAUACCAAAUCCUCUGUGGGAGUUUGGGGGGUUGGAUGAUAUUCUGGAGGGGCUUGCGGUGCAACAGAAGGGGGGAGUGAGUGGUCAAAAGAUAGUUUAUAGUAUUGUCUAG